AUGAGUGAAGAAGCUACGGCAGCUCAACACUCUAGAAAAGCUUCUACUUCUAGCUCGUCAUCCAAAAACAAAAAAGAAAUUCAAACGGGUUUAAAGCAACUCCAGUUAUUACAAGCCUUUCAAAACGGUGAUGUUAAUGAGGUAGACGCUCUUCUACAAAAUCAUAGCCGGGAAGAUUGCACUUUUGCUUUAUUUCUCAGUAUUCAAUGCGCAAAUGCAUCUAUGGUAAAACAUAUUUUAUCCGUUUUUGAUGUUGAUCUCAAUGCAUACGACAAAAAUCAUAAUACGCCCCUUCAUUUAGCUGCUAUGGCUGGCCGCCAGGAUAUUGUGGAAACACUAUUAUUACAUCCAGACAUCAAUUAUAAUCUCCUCAAUGGAAACAAUUUGAAGGCUUGGCAGGUAGCCUCUUCUAAUAUUUUGGCAGAUUUCAUGAAAGGUUUCUGUGCCAUGUAUACCAAAGAGACGGCCCGCGAGUUCAAACACGCCUUUCAAGAACGAAAUUUUGAUACAUUGGAUUAUCUGAUGAGACAUAAUGAAUACAAUUCUGCUAUUGAUUUAAAUGAUAUCGAUGUUGAUACUGGACAAACCUACUUACAUAUAGCAGCCAAGGCUAGGGACUUGGAACUCGUCCGUUGGUUACUGAACAAUAAUGCUGAUCCCUAUCGUCGAGACAAGUUUGGAAAACUUCCUGUUGACUACACAAAGGACGAGAGCUUACGUAGUCUAUUUCGGAAUCAGACUGAAACAACUUCCCACCCACCUUCUUCUGUUGAUCCUAACAUUUCUGGUUACUUGAAAAAAUGGACUAAUUAUAAAUCAGGCUAUAAGCUUAGAUGGUUUAGUUUGCAUGAUGGGGUGUUAUCUUAUUACAAGAACCAAGAUGAUGCUUCUUCUGCUUGUCGUGGAUCUAUUAAUUUAAGCUUAGCUCGACUAGUUUAUGACCCCAAACAACCCACUGUUUUUCAGGUCAUUGGGAGGGGUUCUGUUCGUUAUAGCGUCAAAGCUAACUCACCUGUCGAAGCACACCGGUGGAUCGAUGCCAUUUCGUUUGCUAUUGAACACGAUGAAGGAAAUGAAAAUCAAAAGAAUUCAGAUGCUAUGUCCAUCGGUACCUAUGAUAUUCCAGUAUCAACGAGCCGAAGCGCGACGUUUAGCUCCGAACAUUUGCCAUGGAAUGAAACCGAUUCUUAUGCUGGUUCGGAUGAUGAACACGAAGGCGAUAUGCCUCACCGAGAAAGUUAUGAAUUUAACAUGAACAUUGCCAAACACAAGGUAGACAUUCUGCAUGGACUGAUUAAUUCAGCCGUUUCACAUGAGAAGUACAAACAAGACCCAGCUCUGAUGCAAGUGUUCGAAGGAAUUGAGAAUGCCUUUAGUACUUUGCAGAAUAAUGUUAUUGAGAUUCUACAUCUUCAGCAUGAAGCAGAAAUUCACUACAAACGAAAGCUUGAAAACGCAACGAGGAUCAAUGCUUUAUGGGCUGAAAAUUUGAAAACAGUCGUCGAAGAACAAGAUCAAAUUGAGGAACGCUAUCACAGAAGUGAGAAUCAUCGUAGACGUACUAAACGCGAGCUUCGUAGGCUGGUUUCAUCUAUGAAAAAUAACCCAAACAAUGGCCAGAUUAACGAGACUGCAUCUUUAUCUUCUACUUCUCUGUCAAGCGAUUUCAGCGAAGAGGAUCAAGAUAACGACAGGGAGACCUUUUUUGAUGCUAACGCCAAUCAAACACCCUCACGUAUCCAGUCUCCGUCCAAGGAAACUCCGCCGACGUUCAACCAGUAUCCAUUUGAUGAUGCCCCUGCUCCUACAGCCGGUAAAUACCCUUCUAGUGAAGCACCUGCUCCAUCUAAUGAACAACCUCCUCCCGCUGAAAAACCGGUUUCUCAUGAUGAACGUUAUCCUCUUGCGGACAUGUCUUCCCCAUCUGAUGAACUAAAUCCUCCCCCUAAAGCAUCUGCUCCUUCCGAUGAACAAUAUCCCACCGAAGGAAACUUUGCUCCUCCUCGUGGUGGGCAACAUCCCCCGGCUAAAGCACCCGUUUCUCCUCCUGGUGAACGCUACCCUCCCUCUGUAGGUGCUUCAUCCGGAAUGAAUGAGAAACCUGCAUUCCAGGAGAAGCCACCUAAUGUCAGAGAAAAUCAGCAGCGUCCUCCUCAUUCUGUUCCUAGUGGUGCUGCGGUUGAUAGGAAAGAUGAUGAGAAACAAGGACCAUCGGAUGGACCUAAAUCAGAUCCUCGUCUUUUAGAUCUUCAAAGAUCUUUCCAAGGUUAUGAAGCACCUCUCCGAACUGAUUUAGGGAUUAAAGAUGACCGUCCAAAAAUUAGUCUUUGGAGUAUUUUGAAGGGUAUGAUUGGUAAAGAUAUGACAAAAAUGGCUUUACCUGUUAGUUUUAAUGAACCUACUAGUCUUUUGCAACGUGUUGCUGAAGACAUGGAAUACACCGAUUUACUCGAAAUUGCUUCUCAACAGAAGGAUCCAGCUUGGCGUGUCUUAUAUGUUGCUGCUUUCGCUGCUUCAGAAUAUGCGAGUACCAUCAAUCGUGUUGCAAAACCUUUCAACCCAUUGCUAGGUGAAACUUACGAAUUUUGCCGUCCUGAUAAAGGAUACCGCUUUUUAAUUGAACAAGUCAGUCAUCAUCCUCCGAUUGGUGCUGCAUGCGCGGAAUCUUUAAACUGGAAGUACUACGGAGAAUCAAGUGUAAAGUCGAAAUUUUAUGGUAAGAGCUUUGAUAUCUCUCCUCUUGGCACUUGGUACUUAGAACUCAGAAACCCUUCGGGAAAUAUGGAACUAUUCACAUGGAAAAAAAUUACAUCUUCGGUAGUGGGAAUUAUAAGUGGAAACCCUACUAUAGAUAAUUAUGGCCAGAUGUUGGUACAAAAUCAUUCUAGUCAUGUAAACUGUCUUUUGGACUUCAAACCUCGAGGCUGGCGUGGCACUAAUGCUUACGAAGUUAAAGGAAGCAUUCAGUCUACAAGUGAUACUCCGGAAUACACUGUGAACGGCCAUUGGAACGAUAAAAUAUUUGCUUAUAACGCUGGCAGUAACAAGACAAUGAUAUGGCAAAACCAUGAGCGACCCCCUCGUCCUUUCAACUUGACACCGUUCGCCAUUUCUUUGAACGCAUUAAGCGACGAACUAAAACCUUGGCUACCACCUACAGAUACUCGAUUACGACCUGAUCAGAGAGCAAUGGAAGAUGGUCAAUAUGACUUCGCUGCUGAUGAAAAGAACAGAGUCGAGGAGAAACAAAGAGAUAGAAGAAGGAUGCGUGAUCAAGGACAAAUGGAAGAAUGGAAACCAAAAUGGUUUUCACUGCAAAAACAUCCUAUUACUGGUGAAGACUACUGGAAAUUCAACGGUGAGUAUUGGUCUAUAAGAGAGGCUGCUGGAAAAGCAAGGCUUUCUGGUCAAUCAUUUGAGUGGCCUGGCGUUGAAGACAUUUUUUGA